AUGCGUAUCAAUUACGGUUUUGUUGCCACCUCCGUCGCCCUUUUGUUUGUCCUCGAUUCCAGUGUCACAAACUCUGUCUCUGCAUCUUCCGGUGCCGAAGUUUCAAGGUUUGUCAGAACACUUGUUCGUCGAUCUUUAAACGCUGGCGGUGCCAAUGACGAUUCUACUCAGGGUCAAUCAGGUCCUUCUCGUCAAUCGGGCGUUCCUCAAUUAGGACUCUCUCCUGCUAUGAUGCAACGAGUCUCAGCUGGUCUUGUCAGCUCAAUUGCCAAAUUUUCAGCUGACAUGGAGGCAGGAGUCGAAUUUCCAACUCAAGAAGAAAUGACAAAAGCAGUCGAUGAAGCACUUGAAACUGCAGAUGACAGAUAUUUUUUAAAAAUGGCCCAAGCUAUCAAGAACUCUAUUGACGCUCUUGCUGAUCGUAAACUUGCUGAAGGUGAAACCGGUGAGAGUCGCGCGUCAAAGGCUCCUAAAUCCGCCUUGAACAAGCUAACUUUUCCAAGAUCUUCUCAACAAAUUGCAACUGCCUUAUUAGAAACUAUUCACAUGUUCUGUGAACAAAGAGCUGCCGGUGGUCGAUUACCAAAUGCAUCUGAAGUGAAUCGAGCAUUAACUCCAGCUUUACAAGACAUCGACUUUGUCAAUUUCAACAAAGUCAAUGUUAAGAAAGGUGCAGAGGCUGUCAAGUUUGGUUUAGAUCAUAUGGGUACUAACAAAAACUCCGAAGUUCAAGGACUUCCUAUCCCUACCAUGGCUAUUCCUAUUUCAACUCAGAAAUCCGAAGUUCAAGCUUGA